AUUUCUAAGUUGAAAACAAGGAAAUUGGGAAACAUCAGGUUGCUUAAAGAAAGAAUCCAAUUCAAAAUAGUCGUCGGAUAAAACAAAAACGUGUACCCGAGUUCGGGCUUGGCAGUCCCACGGUUUUCACACACCUGAGCGAGCAGGGAGCUUCAAUACCUGGAUCUCAGAGAUGCUGCGCCCGGUGGUGAACUGCGUCUUGGCAGUGCUGUGGUUGUACAGCAUCAGUGCACAGAGUCAGUGCUGGGAGGACUACAGAUGCAGAGACUUGUCCACGGAAGCUAACAUCCUGGAAUGUAUAGAAACCUGUAAGCUUGACCUGUCUUUGGAGACUCCCAUCUUUCCUGGAAAUGGUCAUCUGCAGCCUCCGCCUGAGGAUGUCCAAAACUACAUCAUGAAGCAUUUUCGUUGGAAUAGUUUAGGGCGUAACACUAAUGGCACACUGAUUAGCACUUCGCAGGAGGGUGGGACAGGGAGCUCGGGGGAAAACACACCCCUUAGCAUUCUGCUUGAGAUUUUAUCCCCACCACAGAGACAGGCAGAAAUGGAGCCAAUGGAGGGCCAAGCCGCACAGAAAAAAGAUAAUAAGAGGUCUUAUUCCAUGGAGCACUUCCGCUGGGGGAAACCUGUUGGCCGCAAGCGUCGUCCUGUGAAGGUUUAUCCUAACGGAGUGGAAGAAGAGUCUGCAGAAAGCUACCCAGCAGAAAUCCGCCGGGACUUGUCAGUGGAGUUCAGUUAUCCCCAAAAACUGAAAGCAAAGACGUAUGUGAAUGUCACCCCUCAUCCUCAAAACAAGAACUACACAAUAGAUCACUUCCGCUGGAGGGAUCCCCCGAAAGAUAAGCGUUAUGGAGGUUUCAUGAAGUCCUGGGAUGAAAGGAGCCAAAAGCCUCUACUGACUCUCUUCAAAAAUGUCAUGAUUAAGGACGGCCAUGAGAAAAAGGGCCAGUAAAGUGCGCGCAGUGUCUAUUUUUCAUUAACCAAUGUAUGAUCUCCUAGAUAGUCUGCAUUAAUUAAGGGGCUCGAUGUCAAAAGCAAAAAAAAAAAAAAAAAAGUAAAAUAAAACAAAGCUUUUUCUGAUUAAUGCCCUUCUUUAAAUGUAGUCACCAGAAUAUUGUACAUACAAAUAAAAUGCUUUUAUGAAUGAAUGCCUAGUUGUCUGGGGACGGGAGGGAUGAAGAGAAGAGCUAUUUUCUUAAUUCUGGAGCUGUACAAUACUGUAAAUGAACUAAAUAGAGAAAUACAUUUUUGC